CUAAGUGAGCGGGGAGGGGGGCGUCUGCCGCGGGGAGGCCGCCCCGGGAUCAGCCUUCUUUGCCUCCACAUUGAACUUCUUCGACGUUAAUUAAAACGCACGGAAGUGCAGGCGCGGGCGGCCGGGCCCCUGCACGGCUGCGGGGAGGACGCGCGGAGCCCGCCCUGAGGUCUCUCCACCGGGUGGCCGCCUCCGUUCCGCGCCCGUGGCCCAACUUAAGGGUGGGGAGUCGUGCUAUUUUUAGGGAUCGCCCAAGUGUGGGGGCCCCAUGGCCCCGCGGGGAGGAGCCCCCCGGCUGGUGCUGCUGUUCAGCGGGAAGAGGAAAUCCGGGAAGGACUUCGUGACCGAGGCGCUGCAGAGCAGACACAGGCGUCAAACCGUGGCGAGAAGCACCGGUUCUGGGAUUAGCCGGCUGAGACUCAGAUCCCGACUCGCCACGUUUGAACUCGGCGCGGACGUCUGUGCUGUCCUCCGGCUCUCCGGUCCCCUCAAGGAGCAGUAUGCCCAGGAACACGGCCUGAACUUCCAGAGACUCCUGGAUGCCAGCGCCUACAAGGAGGCCUAUCGGCGGGACAUGAUCCUCUGGGGAGAGGCGCAGCGCCAGGCUGACCCGGGCUUCUUCUGCAGGAAGGUCGUGGAGGGCGUCUGCCAGCCGGUCUGGCUGGUGAGUGACACACGGAGGCUGUCUGAUGUCCAGUGGUUCCGGGAGGCCUAUGGGUCUGUGACGCAGACCGUCCGCGUGGUGGCCUCGGAGCAGAGCCGACAGCAGCGGGGCUGGGCGUUCACACCAGGAGUGGACGAUGGCGAGUCCGAAUGCGGCCUGGACAACUUUGGGGACUUCGACUGGGUCGUCGAGAACGACGGAGACGAGCAGCGCCUGGAGGAGCAGCUGGGGAACCUGAUAGGAUUUGUCCGCUCCAGACUUUAGUUAUUUCUAGGAGCCCCGAAGCCGCCGGGUGAGGGGGGCUCACUCUGCCAGACGUGGUCGCUGAUGCUGGCCAAGCGGAGAGCACACGGAGGGUCUGGGCUCCCAGAUGUCAGACAGGACAAGAAACCUCCAGGAACUUUAACUUUUCUUUAAUAUAUCUUUAUUGAUUUCAGAGAGGAAGGGAGAGGGAAAGAGACAGAAACACCAGUGUUGAGAGAGAAUCAUUGAUUGGCCGCCUCCUGCGUGCCCCACACCGGGGAUGGAGCCCGCAACCAGGGCAUGUGCCCUGACCAGGAGUUGAACCGUGACCUCUUGGUUCGUAGGUCGAUGCUCAACCACUGAGCCACGCCAGUGGGGCCAGGACCUCAUUUCUCUAUGGACUGGGCUGCCCUGCCUCUCAGGAGGAGGCUUACAGGGCAAAGGGCUGUGCUGGAAGCAGGAACAUCGCCGUCCCCCUGGGCGCCUGGCGGGCAGCCUGUGGCUACCUUGCUUCCCCAUCAGGAUGCUUUCGGCCCCUUGUUCUGGGCAAGAGUGUGGACACGAAUAAACCUCCUUGGAGCACA